AUGAGAGAACAGUUAGCAAAGAUGAUGGAAUUGAUGAUGAGUCUCAGUAAAGGAAAAAGAGCGAUUGAAGAGCCAGCUCCGUCAGAAAACCCACCAGCACAAGACAGUGGAAACCAAAGGGAUGAUCCAUCCUAUCCCUCAAGGUUCACUCCACCACAUGCCCAAACCUCUCAAAGGGUCCACCCUCAAGUGAUGCCAUCCGUCUAUUACAAUGCACCACCCCCGCUAGGCCAUCAACCGACUCAUGGGCAAUUUGGGCCAUAUUCUGGGAUAAAUCCUGCUGAACCAAUAAAUGUCCCAGAUUUAGACGAUCCAAAAGAGCAAGAAAAACUAAGAAAGGACUCGUCACAAAUAGGAGAAAAUGAAAAAGACCAGAAAAAGUAUGAUCUGUUGGAAGAACGUCUUCGUGCUAUCGAAGGAGUUAAUAGGUUUGGUACCAUGGACGCAACUGAGCUAUGCUUAGUGCCGGAUGUAUUGAUCCCUGCCAAGUUCAAGGUUCCGGAAUUUGAAAAAUAUGACGGAACAAAAUGUCCCAUGGCACAUAUUAUCAUGUAUUGUCGGAAGAUGGCUGCACAGUCUCACGAUGAUAAGUUACUAAUCCAUUUUUUCCAAGACAGCUUGAUUGGGUCAGCUGCUCGGUGGUACGUACAGCUAGAUCGAAACAGUAUUAAGACUUGGAAAGACUUAGCAAGAGCCUUCAUAGCUCAAUACAAGCAUGUAGCUGAAUUAGGCCCUGAUCGGUUGUCAUUGCAGACUAUGGAAAAGAAGCAAAGCGAGAACUUCAAGGAAUAUGCCCAAAGGUGGAGAGAUACAGCAGCGCAAGUUCAACCACCUCUCACUGAUAAGGAGAUGAUUGAUUUGUUCAUAAACACACUCCGAGCUCCAUUCUAUGAGCGCUUGAUCGGGCAUGAAGUUGCCAGCUCAAAGAAAGGGAGUACGCCCAAGAAGAAAGAAGGGGAUGUGCAAGCAGUCGCUCACGACAGCCAACAAGCCCACAACUUUAACCCAUAUUACUCGUACCCCCCAUACCAACCCUUCUAUCCGAACAUAGGCAACAUCACACAAAACCCAUAUGUGUACCAACCUGUCCCGCAACCAACAUUUCAAACCAAUGUUCUUCCACAAACUCCACCACCAAGACCGGUAGCUUCAACCAAUAAUCCUGGCCAUGGUCAAAGAGGACCUAAAACUACCCUAGAAAGACCAAAGUUUGAUCCUAUUCCAGUCCCUUACACUACAUUGCUACCACAACUCAUAGAAAAUCGACUCCUUGCUCGAACCCCUUUAGAACCACUCCGACCACCUUUCCCGAAAUGGUAUGAUCCGAAUGCGCAUUGUGAUUAUCAUUUUGGAAUUCAAGGGCACUCCACCGAGAAUUGUACUACUUUAAAACAUAAAGUUCAAGCGCUCAUCAAGGCAGGGCUUUUAAAUUUUGCAAAAAAAGAUAGUUCGAGUGUUGAUGGGAACCCGUUACCUAAUCAUGGAAGACCGACUGUGAAUGCCAUACAUGAAGGGAUGAUUCGAAUGGUGAAAAAGGGUAUUGAUGAGAUUCAAACGCCAAUGGAUAAAGUGUUUGAGGCGUUGUCCAAGAUAAAUACCAUCACUCCAGAACCCAUCGACACAAAGGAAUUGGGGCAUGAUCUUGCUUAUUCUUGCAAAUUUCAUAUGGGGGCAAUUGGGCAUUCCAUUCAAGAUUGUGAUAGCUUUCGUCGUAAGUUGCAAGAAUUGAUGGAUUCAUCAGUAAUUGAGUUUUAUGAAGAAGCCGAAGAGAAUUUGGUCGAAACCAUAAAUCGAGACACCCCAGCUGAAGUGGCAUCAAGUUCAUUCGGGGGGAACAAACCUAAACCUCUCACCAUCUUCUAUGAAGAAAACAGAAGCCCGAUGAAUGAUACAUCCCCAACUAUGAUCAGAAGUGGUAUUACCAUCGAAGUCCCCAGCCCAUUCCCUUACAAGAGCGAUAAGGCUGUCCCAUGGAAUUAUGAGUGUAAUAUUUUGGGCACAGCUUCAUCCGCCCCCCAAGCAUCUUUUGAAGAUCUAACUGGUGUGGGGGCACAGGGAGAGGGAGGCCUAAAGAAAGCAGAUACCUUUUCCAAGGACCAAGUUGACGAAUCUGUAGUGGCUCCGAACAAUGAGGUCAAAAAUCUUGUUACCGAGAAAGAAGUGGGUGAAUUUCUCAAGUUUAUCAAACAUAGUGAAUACAACGUGGUAGAACAACUAACCAAGAUGCCCGCUCACAUCUCUUUGUUGUUCUUACUGUUGAAUUCAGAAGCACACAGGAACGCGCUGCUCAAAGUCUUGAACCAAGCUUAUGUGGCACAAGAUAUAUCAGUGGAAAAGUUAGACCACAUCGUGGGAAACAUUACAGUGGGGAACUUCAUUGCCUUUAAUGAUGAAGAAAUACCAUUGGGUGGUCGAGGAGGUAACAAAGCGCUGCACAUCACCAUCAAAUGCAAGGACCAUGCCGUACCUAGGGUCUUGGUCGAUAAUGGUUCAGCUUUAAAUGUCAUGCCUCGCUCUACUUUAAGCAAGUUGCCAGUAGAUGUGUCGUAUAUGAGAACCAGCCGCAUGGUUGUAAGGGCCUUCGACGGGACCACAAGGGAGGUGGUAGGAGACAUUGAACUACCGAUAAAAAUUGGCCCUUGCAUUUUUGAGGUCCAAUUUCAAGUUAUGGACAUUGCCCCAUCGUAUAAUUGCUUGUUAGGGCGUCCAUGGAUUCAUAUGGCUGGAGCCAUACCAUCUUCCCUUCAUCAAAAAGUUAAAUUCAUAGCCGAAGGCCAACUGAUAAGUGUAUGUGCGGAGGAAGACAUACUGGCUAUUCAACCAUCAUCUGCUCCCUAUGUAGAGGCAACAGAAGAAGUCCCAGAAUGCUCUUUCAGAUCUUUUGAAUUUGUUAAUGCUACUUAUGUGGGGGAAAGGAAAGUGAUACCAACCCCUCGUUUGUCAGUAGCCACUAAAAUGGGAGUUAAGCAGACUGUGGGUAAAGGAUGCCGUGCUGGUUUGGGGUUAGGAAAGAAUUUACAAGGAAUUAACCGUCCUCUGACUCCAAUGAAGAACGAAGAAAGGUUUGGUUUGGGGUACAAGCCUACCAAAGAAGAGAGAAGGAAGCUGACAGCUCAAAAGAAGAUUAAAAGGAUGGCUCAACUUGAGGGAAAGGAAGAAGAAUUCGGGGAACGGACAAUCCCACACCUAUAUGAGACUUUUCGCUCUGCAGGUUUCAUUCAUCCCGAAGCGCCACCAAAGGUCAAUCAGGUUCUACGGAUAUUUGAUGAGCUAUCAAUCCAUAUGAUCAGAGAUGAAGAACCUGAUGGGAAGAUCCCUGUGGUGUAUCCAGUACUGCCAGGAGAGGAGCUAAGCAAUUGGACAGCCACGGAACUGCCCAUCAUCUUUAAGUCUUCCAAAAUGCCAAUAAAUACUUGCCCAUACACCCGUCCAACUUUACCUGUUUGCAGGUCUUUAAAUAAUGAACACGAAGACAAUCUAGACAACGAUUUGAAUAUCGAUUUUGAGAUAAUUCCGAACAUUGAUGAAUUGAAAAAUGAAGAGGAGGUGGAUGACUACAGCUUACCCCCUAAUUUGUCGAGAAUGUUGGAACAGGAAGAGAAGGAGAUUCUACCUCAUCAGGAAAUCACAGAAAUGAUUAACCUCGAAAAUGGGGAAGAGAAGAAAGAGGUUAAGAUUGGCACCUCGCUGUCAUCCGAUGAACGGCAGAAGCUGGAAGAAUUGCUCCGUGAAUAUGUGGACGUGUUUGCUUGGUCAUAUCAGGACAUGCCAGGUCUUAAUACUGACAUGGUUGUUCACAAGUUACCUUUGGAACCAGAUUGCAAGCCUAUUAAACAGAAGUUGAGAAGGAUGAAGCCAGAGAUGUUGCUGAAGAUUAAAGAGGAAGUAAAAAGGCAAUUCGAUGCUGGAUUUUUAGAGGUGGCUAAGUACCCUGAAUGGGUAGCUAAUAUAGUUCCAGUUCCUAAGAAGGAUGGAAAAGUUCGAAUGUGCGUCGAUUAUAGGGAUUUGAACAGAGCGAGUCCGAAGGAUAGCUUCCCUUUGCCACAUAUUGAUACUCUUGUGGACAACACGGCAAAACAUGCUUUGUUCUCAUUCAUGGAUGGCUUUUCUGGUUACAAUCAGAUUAAGAUGGCACCCGAAGAUAUGGAAAAAACAACGUUCGUGACCAUGUGGGGAACGUUUUGUUACAAAGUAAUGCCAUUUGGAUUGAAGAAUGCAGGCGCCACUUACCAAAGGGCAAUGGUAGCUUUGUUCCACGAUAUGAUGCAUAAAGAGAUAGAGGUAUACGUGGAUGACAUGAUUGCAAAAUCUCAUACAGAAAGGGAUCAUACUGUCAAUCUCAAGAAACUGUUCGAGAGAUUGCGGAAGUUCCAGCUCAAGUUGAAUCCUGCAAAAUGCACUUUCGGUGUAACCUCUGGGAAAUUGUUGGGGUUCAUAGUCAGUGAAAAAGGAAUCGAAGUGGACCCGGAUAAAAUACGAGCUAUUCAAGAGCUACCACCUCCCAAAACGCAAAAAGAAGUGAGAGGAUUUUUAGGGAGGCUGAAUUACAUUGCUCGAUUUAUAUCCCAGCUCACCUGCAAAUGUGAUCCAAUCUUCAAGCUGCUUCGGAAACGAGACCCAGGAGAGUGGAAUGAAGAAUGUCAAAUAGCCUUUGAUAAAAUCAAAGAAUAUCUCACAAAUCCACCGGUGUUGGUGCCACCGACGGUCGAAAAACCUCUUAUUUUGUAUUUGACUGUGAACAAGAAUUCUAUGGGAUGUGUAUUGGGACAACAUGAUGAAACUGGGAAGAAAGAACGAGCCGUAUAUUACUUGAGCAAGAAAUUCAUGGAGUAUGAGUCCAAAUAUUCUGCGCUCGAAAAGAUGUGUUGUGCACUAGCAUGGACCGCUCAGAGGCUCCGGCAGUAUAUGUUGUAUCACACAACAUGGUUGGUGGCGAAAUUAGAUCCCAUCAAGUAUAUUUUUGAAAAACCCUGCCUGUCCGGAAGAAUAGCUCGAUGGCAAGUGCUAUUGUCUGAGUAUGACAUUGUGUAUGUGUCCCAAAAAUCAAUCAAAGGGAGCGCCAUCGCCGAUUUCCUUGCAGAUCGAGCUAAUGAAGAUUAUGAAUCUGUAAGUUUCGAUUUUCCAGAUGAAGAUUUGAUGGCCGUCUUGCAUAUAGAAGAGGUUGGUCCCAAUGAACUUAAUCCAUGGAAGGUGUAUUUUGAUGGAGCAUCCAAUGCUUUGGGGCACGGAAUUGGGGCAGUGUUGAUUUCUCCAAAUGGAAAGUACUAUCCAGCCACGGCGAGAUUGAAUUUCAAUUGUACUAACAAUAUGGCGGAGUAUGAGGCGUUGGUAAUGGGAUUACAAGCAGCAAUUGAUAUGAAGGCUGACGCGAUAGAUGUUUACGGAGAUUCGGCUUUAGUGAUAUGUCAAAUGAAAGGUGAAUGGGAAACUAGAGAUCCUAAACUAGUUCCAUAUAAAAAGCUGGUUACAGAAUUAAGCAAACAGUUCAAAGAAAUCAGCUUCAACCAUUUGCCUCGAGAAGAGAAUCAGAUUGCUGAUGCUUUGGCCACCCUCGCAGCGAUGUUCAAAAUAAAAGAGGCGGCCGAUGUACGCCCUUUUGAUUUAGAAGUCCGUGAAGUCUCCGCACACUGCUUGAAUGUUGAAGAAGAGGUUGAUGGUAAGCCGUGGUAUCAUGAUAUCAUGCAAUACAUCAAGCACCAGGCAUAUCUUGAGAAUGUCACGGAUAAUGACAAGCGAACUCUUAGAAGAUUAGCAAUGGGUUUCUUCCUUAGCGGAGAAGUGCUCUACAAAAGGAGUCGAGAUCAAGUACUCUUGAGAUGUGUGGAUGUUGCGGAAGCCAACGAAAUAAUGAAAGAAGUCCACGAAGGAACUUGUGGAGCUCAUGCUAAUGGACAUAUGUUGGCUACACAAAUUAUGAGAGCUGGUUAUUAUUGGUUGACAUUGGAAUCAGAUUGCAUAAACUUUGCUCGAAAAUGCCACAAGUGUCAAGUAUAUGCUGAUAGGAUCCAUGCUCCACCAGCCCCAUUGCAUGUUUUCAUAGCACCUUGGCCAUUUUCAAUGUGGGGAAUGGAUGUGAUUGGACUUAUUACGCCAAAAGCCUCUAAUGGACAUCGAUUCAUAUUGGUGGCCAUUGAUUAUUUCACGAAAUGGGUAGAAGUAGCUUCCUAUGCUAAUGUGACACAAAAUGUGGUGUGCAAGUUCAUCCAAAAGGAGAUCAUAUGUCGGUAUGGGCUUCCAGAAAGGAUCAUUACGGAUAACGCAAACAAUUUGAAUGGUGCGAUGGUGAAGGAUGUUUGCGCUAAAUUCAAGAUCAAGCAUCAUAACUCGACAACUUACCGUCCGAAGAUGAAUGGAAUGGUAGAGGCAGCCAACAAAAACAUCAAGAAGAUUGUCGAAAAGAUGACUGAAGUUUAUAAAGACUGGCAUGAGAAACUUCCUUUUGCCUUACAUGCAUAUCGAACUUCUGUGCGUACCUCCACCGGGGCAACUCCGUACUCAUUAGUAUACGGUGCAGAAGCAGUUUUACCUGUUGAAGUAGAAAUCCCAUCAUUGAGGGUGUUGAUGGAAACAGAAUUGGAAGAUGCUGAGUGGGUCCGCUCCCGCUACGAACAGUUGAAUCUGAUUGAGGAAAAAAGGCUUGCGGCUAUUUGUCAUGGUCAGAUGUACCAACGAAGGAUGAUGCGAGCAUACGAGAAAAAAGUUCAUCCCAGGCAGUUCCGAGAAGGAGAGUUGGUUCUCAAGAGAAUACUCCCUAAUCAAACUAAUUUUCAGGGAAAGUGGAUGCCGAAUUGGGAAAGGCCAUACGUGGUAAAGAAGGCUUUUUCAGGAGGAGCUUUGAUUUUGGCUGACAUGGAUGGGGGAGAUUUGCCUAAUCCGAUAAAUGCGGAUGCGGUGAAGAAGUACUAUGCUUAAAAAAAAA